CUUUCUCUUUCUUCUCUUCUUAAAUACCAAGUAUCAUCACCAUGGGUUGCUGUGCGUCUGUCGAGGCCCAGGACGGUACUGGAAAAUUGCGUAACGAUCAGAUUGAGGACCAGCUUCGAAUGGAGAAAAUGAAUCAACAAAACGAAGUCAAGCUUCUCUUACUCGGUGCUGGUGAAUCUGGAAAAUCAACCAUCUUAAAACAGAUGAAACUGAUCCACGAUGGUGGCUUCUCUCCUGACGAACGUAUGAAUUAUCGUGAGAUCAUAUACAGUAAUACAAUUCAAUCUAUGAGUGUAAUUGUCGAGGCAAUGGAGACACUUGGAAUUCAACUCGAGAACCCAGCCAAUCGUGGCCACAAAGAAAACAUCAAAGUUCAGCCAAGCCAAAUGGAUUUGUACGUGAUGCCAGAUGAUAUUGCCAGGGCAAUUGUUGCUCUGUGGACAGAUGGCGGCAUCCAGGAGACAUUCAAUAGAAGCAAUGAAUAUCAGCUCAACGAUUCUGCAUCUUAUUACUUUGAAUGCAUGGACCGUAUUGGUGACCCGCAAUACCUCCCGAGCGACCAAGACGUCCUCCGAUCUCGUGUAAAGACAACGGGUAUCACAGAAACAAAGUUUGUUUUGGGCGACCUGACCUAUAGAAUGUUUGAUGUGGGAGGACAGAGAUCUGAGCGUAAGAAAUGGAUCCAUUGCUUUGAGAAUGUAACUUCUAUUAUCUUCUUGGUGGCUAUCAGCGAAUAUGACCAAGUCUUGCUUGAAGAUGAAACUGUUAACCGUAUGCAAGAAGCCUUGACACUAUUUGAAUCAAUCUGCAACUCUCGGUGGUUCUCCAAGACAUCAACAAUAUUGUUCCUCAACAAGACUGAUCUCUUUAAACAAAAGCUUCCACUAAGCCCUCUCGAACACUAUUUCCCUGAUUACAAGGGCGGUGCUGACUAUAAUCAAGCCAGUCAAUACCUUAUGUCUCGCUUUACUCUGCUAAACACAUCUCCCGACAAGCAGAUCUAUUCCCACUUUACAUGCGCGACUGAUACUGAGCAGAUCAAGUUUGUCAUGUCUGCCGUUAAUGAUAUUGUGCUCCAAACCAGUCUAAGAAAUAUGGGUUUGCUAUAAAGCAAAACAAAAAAUUAUGAUUUUCUAUUAUUAUUCUGUAUAGAUUCCUCCUUUACCUUUACCUUUACCUUUACCUUUACUUUUCUCUUCCUCUCUUUUUAUCAUUUGUCUUUACACUUUCUUAUUUACCCUUUGAUCUCUUAUCUCUUGAUCUUAUUUCUUUACCCUCUGAUCUCUUACUUAUUGAACUCAUGGCUUACAUUUCCUUCUGGAGUAUGAAAACAUACAUUCUCCUGUAAUAUAAUCAACCUCUCUCUUACUUUCAAAACGUCAAUGACAUUGAAAUGUAAAGAAGACAGGUCAAAUAUGAACAAAUCAUUUCAAAAAACCAAAAAAAAACAUGUAUCUGUAUGGAAUAUUGAAAAUAGUAAAUCAUAAUCAAAUUAUCAUUGCCAUU